GAUGUGAUUCUAGUGCGACUUUAGUUUUAUUCUUGUUAGACGUCGAUGAAAAUUUUUAUCAGUUGUUGACUAAACAUUUUAGAUUUUAAAUUUAGAGUUUUAUCGAUUUUUUGUUGAAUUAGAAUUCAAAUUGGUAAAGCGACAUCUUUAUCGUAUUUUAUGUGACAUAGGACACUGCUUUGACGAUGAAAAUUUUAUUUAGAUUUUAUUCAUCUUUAGUAUGGAAUAUUGAACAAACUUUCUCGACAGAUUUGAAUCAAUUUUCGACACGAUAUUUCAUUUUGACACACUUAAAUGAGUUUAAUUUGAAAAAAUAUUUUAAUGAUGCAGUAAUUGAAAAUAGAAAUAUUUAUUUAUUGAUAAAUGCCAUGGGGCUACAAAAGAGUUACCUACCUAUUGAAUAUUUUAAUGAUAUUGAAUAACAAGAGUGCUGUCACGAGUUGCUUUAAUCAGAUUACUCUUCUCAAAUUAAUUAAAAAAUAGUUAUAUUAUCUCUGAAAAGUUGUAAUUGUUACCACAAAUUCAGCCAUCAGGAAGAAAAUUUUACAAUUGCGAGAAUCUAAGAAAGCUAAAAAUAUUUAUUAUAUAAACCAUUAUUCUUUUGAUUGAAAGUAAAAUGACAAAGCUGAGUUACGAUUUUUCAUGGUUUCAAAAUUACUGUGCAUCAAUUCGGCCAUAAAAUGAUAUUAAUCCAGACAAAGGUUAGUCUCCAGUUUCCCGUAAUUCUAUUAAGAUUCGUGUGCUUGUAAGAAUAUAUCUUUCGGUGAUGCGUAUGUACGGUCAAUACUUGUAAAUAAAGUUAUCAAUAAAAUGAGUUCGCGGGUCAGUAAACUUCAUUGAAACUGCUUCAUAAUUUAUCAAGUUUUAUUUCGUUUCCUGAAUAUUUGUAUCUUCACUGGUCGCCGUAGCGUCGCUGAAACUCCCACCUAGUGCCGAUGCUUGCUUAUACCUUUAUGUGUCGCAAAAGUCGCAAGAUUAUGGCCAGUGGCGACAAGAAGAGUCCACAACUGAGUAAAAUCAAAGUCAAGGUCGGAAAUAGUACAGUGACAGCCAGUGAUUCGGACGCUAGCGUGGAAACCAAUAGUUUAAGUGCGGAUAGUACGACGGAACAAAAUAAUGUCACGCAAACUGAAAAGCGACGAAAGAAAGCCAGGAGGGGGUCGGAAUGGGAGAUUAUGGAAGGACUGAAAGAUGGGCAAAGGUUUGAAAGUAAGCCGAAUUCGUUUAAUGGAUUUUUGCACAAGAAGAGGAAGUGGCCUUUGAAGGGGUGGCAUAAGCGUUAUUUUUUAAUCGAAAAGGGUAUAUUAGUUUAUGGAAAAGGCCCUAAUGAAAUAAGUAAAGGAAAAAUCCAUGGUACUGUCGAUAUUGGUUUGUCUGUGAUCACUACGAAAAGCAAAAGAAAACGAAUAGAUAUAGAUGCGGAAGAAUUUAUUUAUCAUUUGAAAGCUAAAAGUGAAGACGCUUUUACGAGCUGGGUGCAACAACUUACUGCUCAUCGAUUAUAUAGGCAACAUAUUUUGACGUAUGGGACGAAUGUUGGCACUCUUUUUAAACCGACUGAUGGCUUACAUAGUAUACCCAGGACUCCUGAAAUAGUAAGUCGUGAUGGCAGCCUUACUCGAGGCUUGCAACCGCCAUCUAGUGGCGGUCGUCUCAGUUUAUGGCUCCAGGAAUCUCUCUCUUCCCUCGAACAAUUUCAAAGAGAUACAACAAAUGUCGAACAAAACGUAACGAAGUUAUCGCGGCUUUUACAACAAAUUGAAGCUAGUGCUAUUUUGGGGACAGAGGUUGUGCCAACUGGAUUAAGGCUUGAUUUAAGUAAGCACUUUCAGGUGGUUGAGGCACUCUCACCCAAUAUUAAAAAAGAUAGAAGGAAGUUUGGUUUGAAGAAGAAAAAGUCGUCCAAAGGUGGCAGUGUUGAUUUAACAAUUCAGUUCAGUGCGGCUAAUAAAUCAACAGGAACCGACGCUGACAAUACUUCGCCGUUGUCUACAAAUUCUUUUUCAGCACUUUCGACAUCACCUCAGCAACUUGGAGUCAAUGCUGUGGCCAGUUUGCCAGUGCCUAACGCUUCAACAAUUCCAACUCCUGAUAGUCUUAGUAAUGUAGAUGUUAUCUCUCUGUCAACAGAAAAUCAACUUAGGGAAGAUUUUUUGUCUUUGGCCAAAACUGUCCUUGGAAGUCUUAAAACUGUAACUUUUGGCUUAAGUACUGAACGUGAGCGUCUUAAGUCAGCUUUAGAGUUAGAAGGAACCAUAAAUGUCAAUCAAAGCGUAGUUAAUUUAAGAAAUAAUCUUAACCAAGUUCUUCAGCAAAACACCGAACUCAAAAGUCGUUUGUUGCGGAUCCAUGAAGCUUCAGAUCUAACCGACUUGUCUUCGUUAGAGCAGCUUUCGGAAAACCAUCGUCCCUAUAACGCUUCGUUGAGCUAUAGUUCCUCGUGUGUCAGCGCAACUGAAUUUUUCGAUGCCGAAGAUUUGCCCACUGAAAAAACCAUCUUGGAUAUUGAAGAUCCAGAAAUACAAGAAGAGGAAUCUGAGGUGCGUACACGUUCUGAAAGUAGUUCGGAGGCGGGCUCGCUCUCCAGUGGAGAAGGAAGCAUCAGUUCAGAGUCUGAACUCGGCACGGAGCUAAACACAGUCAAUAAUUCUCUAGAUUUGGCAGGUUCCCAGAGCUUGACCGGUCGCCGGACAGUGCUCCCCGCGCCACGCCCCCACACUGAAGGUCUCUCCCUAUGGAAUCUUCUCAGCAGAAACAUAGGCAAGGACCUGUCCCAGAUAAGCAUGCCCGUGGCCCUUAAUGAACCCCUCAACGUCCUUCAGAGACUGUGCGAAGAGCUUGAAUAUUCCGAUUUGUUGGACAAGGCGGCAUCUUUGGACGACCCGUACGAGCGUAUGGUCCAAAUAGCUGCAUUUGCCGUUUCUGCCUAUGCCAGUACUCUCACUAGAGCCGGAAAUAAGCCUUUCAAUCCUCUUUUGGGAGAAACGUAUGAGUGCAUUCGGGAGGAUAAAGGGUUUAAAUUUUUGGCUGAACAAGUUUCGCAUCACCCCCCCAUCAGCACUUGUUAUGCGAAAAGUAAUAAUUUCACGUUUUGGCAAGAUGCAAGGGUGAAAACAAAAUUCUGGGGAAAAAGUAUGGAGUUUCAACCGCUAGGGAGUGUUCACGUGUUAUUACCCCGAACCGGAGAUUUGUACACGUGGAAUAAAGUCACCACGUGUGUCCAUAAUUUAUUUAGUGGACAAAGAUGGGUCGAUCAGUAUGGAGAGUUAAGAGUUAGUAACGGACGAAUCACAUGCAAGUUGACUUUUAACAAGGCCAGUUAUUGGUCAGCAAAAAGGCACGAGGUCGUGGGGGCCGUUUUCGACGAGUCGGGUAAGACGGUGCACCGUUUAUUUGGUAAGUGGUCGGAAUCGUUGUAUUGUGGGGUUCCCCCAUCGGCUCGAUGCAUUUGGAGGGCGGGGAAUUUACCUCCGAACCACGAACGAUACUAUGGAUUUACCCGAUUCGCAAUCGAACUGAAUGAAUUAGGCCCAGAUGCACAUUUGUUGCCGCCUACUGAUACCCGAUUCCGGCCUGACCAGAGAGCACUGGAGGAGGGUGAUUUGAAUACGGCUGAAACUCUCAAAUUACAGUUAGAGAGUGCACAGAGAGACCGCAGAAAGAGGAGAGAGGAAUUGAAUAUUAGAUAUGAGCCGCGAUGGUUCUCGAACCAGAAGGAUGACAUGUGGGAGUACAAUGGGAAGUACUGGGAGAUGCGGAAGAAUCCGGGAUUUGCUAAUAUGCAAUUCGAGUCGUUGUGGUGAUUAGCAAUACCCAAUUUUUAGGCUAAACCAGUGAUUUACGUGCAAUUAUAGUGAUUUUAGUAUUGAAAUUGUUUCCUUAUGAAUGCCAUGCUUGUUUGUAUCGAGCGAUCAAGAUAAUUUGUAAUCGAGUCUUCUUUGCAUCCGAGAAUGUCUGUUUUUGAACUAACUGCACAUGAAACGUCAAAUAAAAGUCGAAAGGUAAAACGUCAAAAUGGGUUGGAAUU